GCUGCUGCCAUCGCUAAAACUCAGCACGUGUAAAUCAAAUGUUUGUGGCGGCGGAGUAAAAAAUAAACAUGGGCAAGAAAAAGCACAACGCCAAGGCACGACAGAACCCGCAAACGAUUGUGGACAACUCGGCCGUGAAGAAGAUCCAGAUCGAUGUGGAUGCAGUUGCCGGUGGCAAUCAGGCGGGCUAUGAUGAGGCCAACGCUCUGGUGCUGCCCUCCGAGAAACGGGCCACCAAGAUCAAGGUGGACAAGGUGCAGCACGUGAAGAUCCUCACCAAGAAGCAGCGCAAGCACCUGCAGGCGAUUGUGGACAAGAAAAAGAAAAAGGAAGGCCGCGCCCAGCUGAUGGCCGACCUGGCUGCCGUGCAAAUCCCCGAGGCCGAACUGCAGCAGUACACCUCCAUUAGCCAGGUGCAGACGGUGGGCCUGAAGCGCCUGCCCACGCUCGACGAGUACCUGGCCAAGAAGAAGGCGCGGCAGGCGCAGGUUCUGGCCGAGAAGAGCACGGGCGUCAGGCGGGUGAACGCCAUUAAGGGAUCCAAGCGGAAACUGCUCGCCGAGGAGCAGGAGGAGCUUGAUGCCAAACGUCGCAAUCCGAAUGUAGUUAGCUUGGAAGAGGACGAGGAUGACGACGACGAUGAUGACGAUUCUUCCAGCAGUGACGAGGAUGAGGCGCCGCCAGUUCCAGCCUCUGUCCCAGCUCCCAUACCCGCUCCAGUGGCUGCUCCGCCCAAAGUCGAAGCAAAGUCCCAAGGAAAGAAAACUAAGGCGGCACCAUCAACGUCUGCCUGCACCCACCAGACUGUGUAUGUGCCCGUGCAUCGGUCCAGCGAGGUGCAGGAGGCCCGCCUCCGCCUGCCCAUCCUAGCCGAGGAGCAGGAGGUGAUGGAGACCAUCAACGAGAACCCCAUUGUGAUCGUGGCCGGCGAGACGGGCUCGGGCAAGACGACGCAGUUGCCUCAGUUCCUGUACGAGGCAGGCUACGCCCAGCACAAGAUGAUUGGUGUGACGGAGCCACGGCGGGUGGCCGCCAUUGCCAUGUCCAAGCGAGUGGCACACGAGAUGAAUUUGCCGGAGAGCGAGGUCUCCUACCUCAUCCGCUUCGAGGGCAACGUGACGCCGGCCACGCGUAUCAAGUUCAUGACAGACGGCGUGCUCCUCAAGGAGAUCGAAACUGAUUUCCUGCUCAGCAAGUACUCGGUGAUCAUCCUGGACGAGGCGCACGAGCGCAGCGUCUACACAGACAUCCUGGUGGGCCUGCUCUCGCGGAUUGUGCCCCUGCGCCACAAGCGUGGCCAGCCCCUGAAGCUGGUCAUCAUGUCCGCCACGCUGCGUGUCACCGAUUUCACGGAGAAUGAACGCCUGUUUAAGGUUCCGCCGCCGCUGCUGAAGGUGGAGGCGCGCCAGUUCCCGGUGACCAUUCACUUCCAAAAGCGCACGCCCGAUGACUACGUGGCCGAGGCCUACCGCAAGACCCUUAAGAUUCACAAUCAGCUGCCCGAAGGCGGCAUCUUGGUCUUUGUCACGGGACAGCAGGAGGUCAACCAGCUGGUGCGCAAGCUGCGACGAACCUUUCCCUAUCACCCGCCCACCUCGUCAGCCAAGGAUCGCCCCAAGAAGGCGGGGGAGGACACAAAGACUCUUCAGGCGGCGGCCACAGAUUCAGAUGUGGAGGUGGAGGACCCCAAGGAGCUGGAGUUUGACAUGAAGCGCACUAUACGCAACAUGCGCAAGUCCAAGAAGAAGUUCCUGGCCCAGAUCACCCUGCCCAAGAUCAACCUGGACGACUACAAGCUGCCGGGCGACGACACCGAGGCGGAUAUGCACGAGCAGCAGGACGAGGAGGAGCCGGAGGAGCUGAUGCUGGAGGACGACGAUGCCGGCGACGACGAUGGCGAGGCGGGUCUUAUAUCCGGCAACAGGCGACCCCUCUGGGUUCUGCCCCUCUACUCGCUGCUCUCGUCGGAGAAGCAGAACCGCAUCUUCCAGCCCGUUCCCGAGGGCUGUCGCCUGUGUGUGGUGAGCACGAAUGUGGCGGAGACCUCGCUGACCAUUCCGCACAUCAAAUACGUGGUGGACAGUGGCCGCCAGAAGACCCGUCUCUACGACAAGCUAACGGGCGUGAGCGCCUUCGUGGUCACAUACACAUCCAAGGCAUCGGCGGACCAGCGAGCGGGACGAGCGGGUCGGAUCAGCGCUGGACAUUGCUAUCGCCUCUACUCCAGCGCGGUCUACAACGACUGCUUCGAGGCCUUCGCCCAGCCGGACAUCCAGAUGAAGCCCGUCGAGGAUCUCAUGCUGCAGAUGCGUUGCAUGGGCAUCGACCGCGUUGUGCACUUUCCCUUUCCCUCGCCGCCAGACCAGACUCAGCUGCAGGCCGCCGAGCAUCGGUUGACCGUGCUGGGUGCUCUGGAGGUCAGAAAGUCCUCGGAAAAGACGACCGACUUGCCGCCGGCUGUCACCCGUCUUGGCCAGGUCAUCUCCCGUUUUCCCGUGGCCCCGCGGUUCGGCAAGAUGCUGGCCCUGUCCAACCAGCAGCAGCUGCUGCCCUACACCGUUUGUCUGGUGGCUGCCCUCUCGGUCCAGGAGGUGCUCAUCGAGACGGGGGUGCAGCGGGAUGAGGAUGUGGCGCCUGGGGCGAAUCGCUUCCACCAGAAGCGUCAGAGCUGGGCGGCCAGUGGCAACUACCAGCUACUCGGUGAUCCUAUGGUCCUGCUUCGAGCUGUCGGAGCGGCGGAGUAUGCCGGCUCCCAGGGUCGCCUGUCAGAGUUCUGUACCACCAACGGUCUGCGACCGAAGGCGGUCAGCGAGGUGCGCAAGCUGCGCGUUCAGCUGACCAAUGAGAUCAACCUGAACGUGAGCGAUGUGGAGCUGGGCGUGGAUCCGGAACUCAAGCCGCCCACGGAUGCCCAGGCGCGUUUUCUGCGCCAGAUCCUGCUGGCUGGCAUGGGUGACCGCGUGGCCAGAAAGGUGCCGCUGGCCGAUAUAGCCGACAAGGAAGAGCGGCGGCGACUCAAGUAUGCCUACAACUGUGCCGACAUGGAGGAGCCGGCCUUUCUGCAUGCCUCAUCCGUGCUGCGCCAGAAGGCGCCCGAGUGGGUGGUCUAUCAGGAGGCCUACGAGCUGCAGAACGGUGACUCCACCAAGAUGUUUAUAAGAGGUAUCACCGCCAUAGAGCCGGAGUGGCUGCUCCUCUACGUUCCCCUUCUGUGCAAUGUGCGUGAGGUGCGCGAGGAUCCUGCUCCCCGGUACGACGAGGCCUCUGGUCGCAUAUUCUGCUAUGUGGACGCCACCUUUGGCAAGGCUGGCUGGGAUCUGCCGCUUGGCGAGGUGGAGAUGCCGCUCAGCGAGAAGGCCUGCUGCUACUUUGGCAUGUUCCUGUUGGAGGGCAGGGUCUGCCCCAAGCUGGCCGAGCUGCGCGGCAAGCUCAAGUCCACUCCCGCCUCCCUGAUCAAGAGCUGGUCCAGCAUGAACGACAAGGUGUUGCGCUUCAAGCGGGCACUGAUCACCAAGCAGAUCCACAACCGCCAGGCGCUCUUCGAUGAGUUCCGCAGGGAUAACCACUUCCUCCUGGAGGAGUACCAGAAUCUACUGUACGACGUGGCCCUCAGCGAGCUGACGCCUUGGUGGCCGCCUCUGGACAAGAGCUAGCUGCUGGCCUGCUUUUGUAUAACAAGUUUCAUUU